AUUUUCAGGUGACCUUGAAUGGGUUGGAGGUGAUGACCUUCCUGGUGGACCGCAUGAAGGAGGACUUUCGGCCUUAUCUCUCCUCGGUUGUCCCGUCAGUGGCGGACAGAUUAGGUGACAGUAAAGAUGCAGUCCGAGAAAAAGCACAGACGCUACUCUCCAGUAUGAUGGACAAUGUGGUCACCCCAAAUAAUAUGUUUGAAAGGCUUAUCCCAGCCUUCUCCCACAAAAAUGGCAAAGUCCGAGAAGAGGUCAUGACAUGCCUUCAGAAUACAUUAACCAAUCAUGGAGCUUCAGCAGUAACAGUCUCACGGCUCAUCCCACAUGUAGUAAAACUACUGUCUGACCCAACAGCUCCAGUGAGAGAUUGCGCCUUCAACACCUUGGUUGAGUGCUACAAACAUUAUGGUGAAAGAUUGAGAAUGGAUUUGACAAAGAAACACAAUAUUCCUUCUGGAAAAUUACCAGCUUUAAUGACACGCUUCGAUGAAGUUCGGGAUACAGGAUUAAUGAUGCCAUCUGCAACAACGACUGCUACACCAAAUGAAGGUAAAUACCUUUUCACCUGUAUUUCUGUUUUUAUUUUCAGCUUUUUUUUUUACUUGGCAUCAUAAAAGUCUUCUAUAGUC